AUGCCGGAUGCCGUUCUCAACGCCUGCUAUCGCGGCUGCCGGCUGUUUUCCAUCUGCCAUUUUGUGGAUCCUGCCGCCGAGCUGAACGCAACCAGAGCCGAGUGCGAAUCUGCCUGCGUGGAGGCUUACUCGGGAGGAGCGGAGCAGUUUGGCUGCAUGACGGGAUGCCGGACGCAGCUGCCGGAGACGGAGAGCAGAGCAGAAAAGGCUCCAGAUCUGAAACCGGCUUCGUUCUCCGUCUUUGACCUGGUCUCCAAUUUCUGCAAUGACAUCGUCAGCUCAGCCCAAAGUUUCAUCUCCUCGACGUGGACUUUCUACCUUCAGUCGGAUGAUGGGAAAGUGGUGGUUUUCCAGUCACAGCCGGAGAUUGAGUACCCCGUUCCUGAGGUACAGGCACCCAAGUCGGAGGUGUCGGAGAAGGCCUGGACCGUCUCGAACCCCAACACCAUGAAGCCCCACACAGGUCUUCGGGAGAAACUGGAAAAACCUCCUGUCGAGGAACCGAAGGGCAAAGCCAAAGGGCACCCUCCCGUGGAGACCCCACCGUCGGCAGAACAUGACUUCCUGGGCUGCAUGUCCAACCAAUUUGAAGUUUCCUCCGUCCCCAUGGCCAGCCAUAAUCUCGUCGUCUCUCUCUGGCGGGGGGCGUCCGGGUGUUACAGGCGUUCAGGGCUGCCCCGCUGGAUCCUGGCUGCGUGUCUCUUCCUCUCCGUCAUGGUGAUGCUGUGGCUCAGCUGCGCCAGCCUGGUGACUGCCCCGGAUCAGCACGUCAAGACCCAGCCCCUGAGCAUCAACGGAGACAAGGAGUACCUGGACGACAUCGACGGCCCCACACCGUACUCCCUGCGCCCCGUGAUCGCCGUCGCCAUCUGCCCGGCGGACGACAGCGAGGAAGCUGGCCUGCUGCCGGUCAAAGUGGAUCUGGACAAGACGGCUCUCUAGGAGCU